AUGGCGCCGGUCGUGACAGCGGUCCAUCCGCCUUCUGUCGCGUCCAAAGUCAAGCGUCCCGUGCCCCCCGGCAUCCAGACCAAUGGAGCAAGCUCUGCCCGAUCAUCGCCAUCACCAUCGAUGUCGACCAAGAAGCCUCCGAAUGCUGCGACGGCGAACGGCGUGAACCCUCAAUCGGCGCGACCCACAAAUCGCACCCGUCGCGAGCCUUCGACCCAGGCCGGUCGCAUCUCUAGAAACAGCGUAGGAUUGCGGUCAGCGUCGCUCGCGGCUGAUAUGACUUCCGUCCAGUUUGUAGAGCCGCCGCCGUACAUCGUGACGGACGAAUACAUCCUGAAAAAGUACUCGGGCAACCCUCCGUCUCUGGUAGUUCACAUGCACCCGACCCAUUUUCGGUUCGACCAGCAGGAUGGCAUCUUUCCGUACAAGUCUCCUAUGCGGCUCUUUCUGGAGCACCUGCGCAUGCGGACUGUCCCUCACGACCUCCUCGAAUACUUCUCCCAGGCCGGCGUGCCUUUCUACGAGGGCUGCCUGAUCGUCCAGGUGCACGACCACAAGUCGGUGGCACAGGCCAAGGACAUCCAGCGACCGACGUCGGCAUCGAACAAAGUGGUACCCUCGUCCAUCCAUAACCACAACCCAUAUAUCGUGCCUUCGCCGUAUGUGCCUUAUCCCAAAGAGUCGACAGGGUCUCACCCAGAUGGUCCGGCCGCAAACCAAGAGGACUCGAAGCCGAAGACGGCGGAGGAGAAAGACAAAGCAAGCAUGCCAGCCCCGAGCUUGCCAGGCGAGGGGCAGAAGAACAGAGGCCCCCAAAAGUCAAAGACCUUUACAGUGGUUCUGCACCCUACGCCCGAAAGCCUGCAGGCGGAUCUGCAGAUUAAGGCUGCGACUCCCCACGGCGUAGUCGACGCGCGUGGCAACGCUGAUGGCAUGGUACCUCCUUCCACCCCGAUAUCGAUGGUCCCGCCUACUCCUACCGCAGGCAGCAUGCCCCCUCCCGCCAAGAAGCUGAAGCGCGAGCGCAUGGAGCUCGAUGGAAGCAACAUUCACAUUGCAGAGUCGCAGAUCCUCCUUGCCACCAACGCUCAACUGUUUUUAGAGCCGACGAGGGACGCGGAAGAGACAAUGACCCUUCUCGACCUUCUCGCCCAUCCCAAGCACUCGGACUCGCCUCCUCAGCCCAAGACGAGGAAGAGAACGGUGGCGGAGAUGGCUGCCGACGAGGCCGCUGCGGCCGACCAAGAAAGAUACAUGCUUACCUUGGACGAGCGUCUUUCCUCUGCCGCCAACGGCGCGCAAGGCGGAGCCAGCGGAGCCGACAAGGAGGGCCCAGCUGUGGUUUCCACCUUUGAGCCAAGGUUCGAGCGUUUUAAGGUGAUCGCUGAUAUUAAGAGGGAGCACGACGAGAGAAAAGAACAGGAAAAGGUCAAGGCGGCCGAGGCCGAGCGCAAACUCGCGCAGGAGAAGCAGAAGCAGUUGCAAGAACAACAAGCUGUUAUCGCGGCUCAACGGCAAGCAGAAGCGGAGAAGAUGCGGCGCGAGCAUCAAAUGGCACAAGAAAUCAAGGCUCGCCAGGAGCAGCAACAGCAGAGGGAGCAACAGAGACGGGUUAUGGCCGCACAAGCCGCUGCAAGCCAGGCUGCCCAGACCAGCCAGAACGCGGCGGCAAACAUGGCACAGCAACAACAGGCGAACGGUGCUAUGCCCAAUGGCACAUCUGGCGUUGUUGCAAGCGGCGUACCAGCCCAGGCGCAGUCUCGCUUGGCUCAAGUAUCUCAGCCCACGGUGUCGUCGCCCAUUGUUCGCCAAGGGACGCCUCACAGCAUGUCUUCCCCCAUGCCUGGCGCUGUGCCCAUGCAGCAGUCCAACUCCCAAAUGGCCAACAGCCCUCCACGCCCCCCGUCCGCAGUUCCUGGCCACCCAGCCAACGUCGGCGGCGUUCCUAUGUCUCACAGCAUGUCAGCCCGCGCAAGCCAACAGAGCCACCAGGCAGGCACGCCCCGCAUGCAUCAUGGAACACCUACUAUGCAGGGAACACCGGGCUCCCGUCCGGCCGUGGCGGUUACUCCUCGCAUGAACCAGGCUAGCCCACCGCCCAACAUGAUGGCAUCGAACUCUCAGAUGGGUCAGCACAUGAUGAUGGGCACCCCGGGAUCCAUGCCUCAGGCCGUGCAUAAUCCCAAUCUGAUCGCAGCGCAGGUCGCCCAACAACAACGAGCCAUUCAGCAGCAGCAGAUGGCGGCGGCUAUGCAAAACGGCAUGGGCAACAUGAUGAACGGCAACAUGAACGCGCAACAGAUGACACCGCAGCAGCAGCAGCAGUACAUGCAGCAGCAGAUGCAGCAUAGAAUGAUGAUGCAGCAGCAACAGCAACAACAGCAACAACAACAGCAGCAGCAGCAGCAGCAGCGCGGUAACAUGGGCAACAUGGGCAACAUGAUGAACCAGCAACUGGCGCAGCGGUACGCCCAGCAACUCAGCCAAAUGGGCGCCAACCAGAUGAAUGGCGGGCAGAUGACACCGCAAAUGCAAGCUCAGCUCCAGGCGCAGAUCCAGGCGCAGAUGGGCAACCCGAUGCAGCGUCAGAUGGGCGCAGGUCAGAACAUGAUGAACGGCCAAAACAUGAACAUGCAGGCCAUGAUGCAGAUGCAGCAGCAGCAGGCGAUGAACAAUAACAGUGCUCUCGCCAACCAGGUUAAGAUCCAGGGACAGGCGAUAUACAACAAACAGAUCUCUGUUCUGGCUGCCAAGUGGGGUGGCGCGGUUGAGAACAUUCCGCCCGACCAGAUGGAUUCGUUCAAGAGAAGCUGUAUGAUCGAGGCUAAGACCCAGAUACAGGCCGUUCUUGCACAACGCAGGGCUCAGCAGGUGGUGUUGCAGCAGCAGCACCUCCAACAACACCAGCAACAACAGCAGAUGCAAGGCAUGGGCGGUAUGAUGGGUCCCCACGGGAUGUAG